UUCCCCCAGGCCUUGCAGGCUCCCGGGCUGCUGCUUCCAGAAGGGUCGGCGGGAUCUGUCAGUGGAAGAGCACUGGAGCCACAUUUGGAUCGUCUCCUCUUUGGGGUGGAGUGGAAACAUUUGAGAUGCAGCCAGCUGAGUGUCCGAUUUCCUUUGAGGAAGUGGCCGUGCGCUUCACCAAAGCAGAGUGGGCCAUGCUCAAUCCUGACCAGAUUGCUUUGUAUAGAGAAGUCAUGGUGGAGAAUUAUGAGAAUGUGGCUUCCCUAGCGAUAUCUCAGCCCAUUCACAUCACCUGGCUUCAAGGAAGUGAAGUGUCAUUUCCCUUGGACACUGAAGAAGAGACCAAGUUGGCAGGUGAGAGACAGAAUGACAAGAAUUAUAGCCAGAGACAUGUGUUGUCUUUCAAAACAAUCAGCCAUGAAGUGGAGGAAGAGCCUUCUGGGAAUCAAGAAGAAUCAAGGAAGCAGAAGAAGAACCCCGUGAAGAAGUUGGGAAAUCAGUCUGUAGUUUUUGAAGCUGGUGGCUUGCUUGAAAAGCCAGCUCAACAAGAAUAUCUCAAAGGAAAGGGGAAGAAUAAGCAUUCUGAAAGUGAAACAGAACUGCAAAGAGAAUCUAAAUAUAUUUCCCAUCAGAGAAACCACAUAGCAGGUGAACGUUAUAAAUGCUCUGAAUGUGGAAAGGCCUUCAGCAGGCUUGUAAGCCUGACUUCUCAUCAGAGAAUCCAUCUGGGGAGAUGGAUCAAGAAUCCAUCUGGGGAGAAACCACUUGAGAGUUCAGAUUGUGGAAAUAGCUCUGAUCUGAGUGAAAGCAUUACUUCCCAUCAAAGGCGUCAUACUAGGCAAAAAUCAUGUCAGUGCUCAGAGUGCAGGAAGACGUUCAAGUGUAAUACAAUUCUCCAUUCAGAGGAGAAACCAUAUAAAUGCUUGGAAUGUGGAAAGAGCUACAGUCAAACUGGAAAUCAUACUUUGCAUCAGAGAAUUCACAAAGGGGAGAAACCUUACAAAUGCUUCGACUGUAAUAAAAGCUUCCAUUGCAGAAGUAGCCUUACUUCCCAUCAAAGAAUUCACACAGGGGUGAAACCUUACAAAUGUUUGGAGUGUGAAAAAAGCUUCCGUUACAGCGCAGCCUUCAUUUACCAUCAAAGAAUUCACACAGGGGAGAAACCUUAUAAAUGCUUGGAGUGUGGAAAAAGCUUCCGUCACAGCAUAGGCCUCACUUCUCAUCAAAAAAUUCACACAGAGAAGAAACCUUACAAAUGCUUGGAGUGUGGAAAAAAGUUCCGACACAGCACAGCCCUCACUUCUCAUCAAAGAAUUCACACAGGGAAGAAACCUUACAAAUGCUUGGAGUGCGGAAAAAGGUUCCGUCACAACACAGGCCUCACUUCCCACCAGAGAAUCCACUCUGGAGAGAAACCAUACCAGUGCACCAUAUGUGGGAAAUGCUUCAGUCAGGGAUCACACCUUACUUCCCACAAAAGAACUCAUACUGGUGAGAAACCAUUUAAUUGCCAGGCAUGUGGGAGAGGCUUCAGUCAGAGCUCACACCUGACUGUACACCAAAGCCUCCACACGGGAGAAAAGCCAUAUAAAUGCUUGGAGUGUGGAAAGAGUUUCAGAAUCAAUGGAAACCUUAAAGUGCAUGUAAGAAUCCAUACGGGGGAGAAGCCAUAUAAAUGCCUGGAGUGUGGGCAAAACUUUGGUCAUACCACAAGCCUUAAUAAGCAUUACAGAAUCCACAGAGGACGAAAGUCAUAUAAAUGCCUGGAGUGUGGGAAAAGCUUCAAUGCCAGAACAAGCCUCAUUUCCCAUCAGAGAAUCCACAUAGGGGAGAAGCCAUAUAAAUGCUUGGAGUGUGGAAAGAGUUUUAGAGUCACCAGAUACCUUAAAUCACAUGAAAGAAUCCAUACACGGGAGAAACCGUAUAAAUGCCUUUAUUGUGGGAAAAGCUUCAGUCAUACCACAAGCCUUAAUACGCAUAAAAGAAUCCACAGAGGAGAAAAGGCAUACAAAUGACUGCAGUGUGGUGAUAGCUUCAGUUACAGCACACACCUUAAAUUGUGUGAAAGAAUCCAUACAUGGAAGAAGCCGUAUAAAUGCAGAAAUGUGCAUAGAGAUUCUGAUGGAGAAGUGAUUUCACAUUCCACCGGAGAAUUCAUGCAGAGGUUCUGUAAUAGCACAACCUUUAGGGCUGUCAAAGAAUUCACAGAGUACCCAAAUUAUUUCAUGAUUAAUUAGAAAAACAUUUUCCUGUGAGCCCUCAAACUUUAGUAAACGUCAGGGAAGCGACUUAUGGAGAAGCCCUUGACAUAUCUGGGAGAAAUAGGACCUUUUUAUUAUUAUUCAGAAGCUCCCUACAAUGGGUAGAUGAUCUAUAAGCAUUAAAAGAGCAAUGUUUGUGAUUAAUGGGUUUGGCUGAGAACCCCAUAAGGUAAUAAUAGCACUCAGUAGCCCCAUUUGUUUAAUUUCUUAGAAAUGUACCUACAUAUACACAGUCCCGCAAAGGGCUGCAGUCACUCUUCCCUAACAAUCUUUCUACAACCCAUAAUUGUCUCCUUUGCUCCCAUUGAGCACAGUAAUUAUUUACUUGCCUCCUUCAGUUCAGCAGAAGCAGCCUGGCCCCUCUUUGGCCCAUAGUGUGUGGGCAGAGAAAAGGACCAUUUCUGAGCUUGGCCUUGGAAGUCACAGAUAAUAACAGAUUUCAUUUCUGCAGGGUUCAUUUUUGAGUAAACAAAAACCAUCCAGAAAUAUAGAGGAGGCAGUGCUGGAAAUUUCUUUUGAAAUGGCAGUUCAGAGUGCAUUCUGCAUCCUGUUACAAUAAAGCAUAUACAUUCUCUACCUAGGCUACCAGGCAAAGUAAUGUUUAAAAAAUUCAUAAAUAAAAAUAAGUAAUAAAAAGCAUCAAG